AUGAAAAAAAAAAUCGUAUACGCGGUACCCCAAACCCCACUCCCAGCUUUCACUUUCCACUUUUCCCCCAACCCUAAUCCCCUAACGGCUAACCCUCUCUGCCACCACCUCACCUCACUCUGUCACAGUGUCACUCCCCCAGCCACCGCCGCCAGCCGCCCGCCGUCGUCUUCUUCGUCUCACCGCCGGACACCUAUUCUGAAGUCUGAAGGAACAGAACAGACCCGCGGCUCCGCUUCGUCCCUGUUUCUCAUCGCCGUCGCCGUUUCCGCGCCGUCGCCCUCGCCGUUGCCUCACCGUUGCUGCGCCGUCGCCCUCGCCGUUGCCUCACUCUUCUGCUCUGUCAAACAGGCACAGAAAACUGCAACAGGAGCAACAAUGAGUAGAAUUGUCAGUGCCAAUGAUCUCACAUCUGGUCCAAAUAUGAACCUACCCUGAAAGCAAAAUUUCUGCAAAAGAAAAGCACUGAAAACAUGAAUUAGUAAGCAUCUCCUAAGUGAUAAAUUGGCCAGAUACAGUAAGUAAUUUAAAUAAUAUGCAGCAAUAUAACUAAAUUUUCCAGUUCAAUAAAUGUUUUGUAACAAACAAAUUACAACAUGAAAAGUACAAGUACAUCUGGACUUGAUUCCCUAGUUGGAUAUUGUGUCUCAGGUGGCCAAAGGAUGCUUGUUUAUGAGUUUGUGCCAAAUAAAACACUUGAGUUUCGUUUGCAUGGUAAGAUAUUUUCCAUUCGUUGCUCCAAAGUUAAAUCUUUAUCUCCUCUUCCCCCCACAUAUAUUAGCACUUUUGAUUUAUGAAGAAUGAUGCAUACAUAGAUAAUGUAGAAUGAAGGACAAAAUUUAAUUUUUCACCUAUAUGGUAUGCAAUUUCCCUUUUCUUCCUAUACAUAGGAUUUACUCCAAUCAUUCUCUAAUAAAUGUGAUGAACUUUAAGUGUACGCAUAUUUUGAGUAGUAUAGCUUCUGUGUGUAAUAAAAUUGUUUUCUUAUGCAGAAUUAUGGUUUAAAAAUUUUGUGGAGUUGAGUUUAAAUAGAUUGGAUUGGUAAUUGAGGUUUAGGACUACACUGUCUUGAGAAUUGGAGACAAAUAGCAAAAGAUAGUGAUGAAUUCUGUGUGAUCUGGUAUAACUAGUAAUAUGUGUUGUAUAUGAUUUAGCAGAUAUAAUUUUACAUAUAUAAUUAGUUUUCUAGUGUCUUGAUGGCAAUGCCGAAGAAACACUACGGAGAUUAAUGAAAUGGUUAUGUGGAUUGUUUGAGGAAAAUGUCUCUUUAGGUGAUUAAGUAUAAUAGGUGUUUAGGAGAUAGUCUUUUUGAGAUUAUGAGUCGUUUGUAAUUUGUCUAAACAAUCCUCCCCUUUGGGUCGAGAUUCCUAACAAUAAUCGAAAAAAAAGUGUGAUAAACUUUCUGUUUAUGACUAUUUUUAGUAUUUUAUAUUUUUUAUUUAUGUGAAACCGGUUUUAUUGGUUCAACCAGCAGUUUAUCGGUUGAACCAAUAAAUCAGUGAACCAAUAACCUGACCGGUUUGAUCACCGGUUCGGUUCUUACAA